AUGGGCGGCAGGGAGGGCAUGGGCGGCAGGGAGGGCAUGGGCGGCAGGGAGGGCAUGGGCGGCAGGGAGGGCAUGGGCGGCAAGGAGGGCAUGGGCGGCAGGGAGGGCGUGGGCGGCAGGGAGGGCAUGGGCGGCAGGGAGGGCGUGAGCGGCAGGGAGGGCAUGGGCGGCAGGGAGGGCGUGGGCGGCAGGGAGGGCGUGAGCGGCAGGGAGGGCAUGGGCGGCAGGGAGGGCGUGGGCGGCAGGGAGGGCGUGGGCGGCAGGGAGGGCGUGGGCGGCAGGGAGGGCGUGGGCGGCAGGGAGGGCAUGGGCGGCAGGGAGGGCGUGAGGGGCAGGGAGGGCAUGGACGGCAGGGAGGGCGUGAGCGGCAGGGAGGGCCUGGGCGGCAGGGAGGGCGUGCGGGGCAGGGAGGGCAUGGGCGGCAGGGAGGGCGUGAGCGGCAGGGAGGGCAUGGGCGGCAGGGAGGGCGUGAGCGGCAGGGAGGGCGUGGGCGGCAGGGAGGGCGUGGGCGGCAGGGAGGGCGUGGGCGGCAGGGAGGGCGUGAGCGGCAGGGAGGGCGUGGGCGGCAGGGAGGGCGUGAGCGGCAGGGAGGGCGUGGGCGGCAGGGAGGGCGUGGGCGGCAGGGAGGGCGUGGGCGGCAGGGAGGGCGUAAGCGGCAGGGAGGGCGUGGGCGGCAGGGAGGGCGUGAGCGGCAGGGAGGGCGUGGGCGGCAGGGAGGGCGUGGGCGUCAGGGAGGGCGUGAGCGGCAGGGAGGGCGUGAGCGGCAGGGAGGGCGUGAGCGGCAGGGAGGGCGUGGGCGGCAGGGAGGGCGUGGGCGGCAGGGAGGGUGUGGGGGAGCCUUAA